CUACUGAAUCGAACGAAAUGUGUGUGUUUGGCAACGAGACAGUGGCUAGAGGACAACGUGUCGAAGAUGGCUGCUCCAGAGUAUGCAUCUGCGAGGCUGGCGGCCAUUUGAAAUGUAAGCCCAGGCCCAAGUGUCCACCGAAUGAUACUAUAGCCAAUCAGCACGAUCGCUGCGUCGUAUUACCCGAUCCGAGUGAUAAAUGCUGCACAGUUACAUUUUGCGACGUUACUUUGGGCGAUCACGAGAUCAAAUUGGAAAAUUCCACCGAUCUUAGUGUACAUUUGAUGGAUGUUAAGGUAUUAAACUCGACGGCAAUCAAAUUAAAAUUGUCAGCAAAACAUCCUCAAAAUGUUGUCAUAGAGAUCUCACAAAAUAACCACGUAUGGAGACAACAGAAUCCCGAUAAAGAUGGUAUAAUUUCGAAUUUCGAACCCGCGCAUACAUAUUCUAUUCGCGUGGCAGAAGGAAACCAUGCUGGACCAGCCGUACAAGUGUCCCUGCCAGCCGAAGUAGUGAAGACAAAUAUUUCGGAGAAAAUAUCAGACAAGAAUACCUGUAAUUACAGGGGAAAAUCAUAUAAAGUUGGCGCAGAAUGGUACGAUGAGUGUAUUUCCUUCUGUAUUUGCACAGAGAAUGGCAAACCUGAAUGCGCUACGAUAGAGUGUCCUACGGAUUUUGGACUCCACUUAUUGGAUCCUCACUGUCUAGAUUGGGAGACAGUUCCAGCGAAUUUCGUUCCAAAAGCACCACAAUGCUGCCCUCAGGAAGUACGCUGUCGGAAUAAUGGCUCCUGUAUUUAUGAAGGAGUCAUGUACGACAACUGGACUGACUUACCCUCGAAUGUCACAGGCUGCGAGAGGCAUUGUCGUUGUGAGCUAGGCAAUGUGACCUGUAAAGCUGCUUGCAAAUUUGUACCAGCCUUGCCGCCUGCUAAUUUACCAUGUCCUCCUCAUCAAGCAACAUUGACAUAUGUAUCUGCUAACCCAUGUUGUAUGCAGUGGACUUGUAGCCAUCCUUCAGCACAACUGCCAGGAGUGAACGUGACGACCGCGUACCCCGGCCCCUUAGCUACAAACACGUUUGAUCGGCAAACGAUUGACAAUAUCAAAAGAUCGAAUAAGUCGGAAAUGUUCAAGCCCAGCCAGGAACCGGAGCACGGUACUUCUCCCUUCUCGGAAGACCCGAAAACUGAUAAAACCCAAACAGACAUUACUACUCAUGAACUUCUUCACUAUCCUAUGGAUCCAGGACAUCCCACAGUGCCUUAUAACGGACCUUACAGUCCCGACUUCUUAUCCACUCAUCACAAUGUAGAAGACAUCUUUCAUUUAUCCGUUCACUCCGAAAAGCCGAUUUUGAAGGAAAAAUCAAAAUCAAAAUCCGAUUCGAAAAAACCUGUAGAAUUGCUAAAAUCUCACAAAGAAAUAAUUGAUCAGUAUUUCCCUGGUCCAUUAGCACCUGAUAAGUUCCCCGAUAAGGCCACUUCAAUGCUUCCAUAUCCCAUCAAUGAAAAUCACCCAGGUUCAUUGGAUCUAAAUAAAUUCACUCCUUCGCCAAAAGAUCAUCCCAUUGAUCAGGCUCAGUUUAUUCCAUUACAUCCUCAACCUGAUAAGUCAGAUGCAGGAUUCUCUUUCAUCCCUAACAACGAAGAAAACAUCUCUCCAGUUAAUUUCAAUAACCAAUACAGUAAUUCAGCAAUUGGAUUACCUCAUCAGGGUUCAAUUCCCAUCAAACCUGAUUUGAUCGAUCCAAACAUGGCUGUUCCUAUGGUUUCGAAAAAGAAGAUCACACUGAGUAAUCCCUUUAUCGACGCAGAAAAAUCAAAAUCGUCCUCGGUAUUGUUAGAUCGGCCAAAACAAAAUCAAAGGAAUCCUGGUCAUGAGACUUUGCCAGAGCAACUUUAUCAUUUGAUAAACUUACAACACUCUGGCCCAAUUCAACUCAAUCAUACUCUUUCCCAAGAUUACCCGGGUCUGUAUGACCUUCACCAACAAAUUUCUAGUCAAAAACAUUCGCCUAAUAAUCGACCACAAUCCGUUUAUUUCGGAACGACAUCUACCGCGCCGAAGAAGACGACGAAACCUCAAAUCGUUGCGCAAAAUGAGAACGGGCAGACCAUUUAUCACGUUCACACGCCCGAUAUUCCAAAUACUCCACAGCAAAUCGAAGAAUUAUUAGCGCACAUCAAUCAGCACGAUCCCAAUCCUGGAUCCUUUCAACACUAUUCCGGACAACCAGCUAUAUCCCAAAAUGUACCGAACGGCCCAUUGCCAACGCUACCACUUCAUAUAGACGCUCAUAUACCACAUUCAGGACUUACGCACUUGAACCACCCGCUCGCAGCACAAACGCCCACUAAAUCAGGUUUGGACCAUAACAUUGUACCUCCAGGCUUUCCUCUACCUGGAGGUAUAACUGGAUUUCCAGCUACAUCUCCCUCCAAUGAAGUUAUAAUGCAAGUACUGGAAGCACUGGAUGAACAUACAGUCCGAUUAGUGUUUACUGUACCUCAGGUUCUGGUGGGACUACAUGGACGAGUUGAGUUACGAUAUACUAGCGAUAAAACGAAUUUCGAUCUAUCUACAUGGAAAGCACAAGUGUUUGCGCCUCCCAAUGACUUAAUCGCAACACCUCAACUUGAGUUUGAAUUAGGUGAUCUAAAACCAAUGACUGAAUACAAGGUAAAGAUUACAGUGAAACUGAAGGACUUGGCCAAUAGUCCAACUAGCAAGAUUUAUAGUGUGCGUACGUUAGAGAAACAUGCAGAGGAGACGACUUUGCCCCCGCAAAUACCAAUUGAUGCUGAACUUAGAAUAGCGGAAACGAAUUCAACCUGGGUUAAUGUCAUGUGGAAGAAAUUCACGGAAUAUGAAUUGCAAUUCAUAGACGGUGUUCAGCUGAGAUAUAAAGAAUAUGAUAGUAAAGUUUAUGCAGCAACACCAUUGAUCCAUCGUGCUGUAACGAAUUACGUAAUUGAAAACCUGAAACCGUCAACCACAUAUGAAAUCGGUAUUUACUUCAUACCGUUUCCAGGACAAUUAACGGAAUUAAUAAGCGAAAAAACGUUCCAGGUAACUACGUUUAUGGAACCAGAUCCAUAUUCCUUCGAUGUAAAAGUUGAGAUCAAAACUAUCAAAUCAACGGAUGUAGAAGUUUCCUGGAGUGGCGUACCUUAUCCGGAGGACAAAUAUGUGAACAUUUAUCGUGCGAUUUACCAGAGCGACACUGGCAAAGAAGAUACUAGUACCUUCAAAAUUGCCAAAAGAGACUCUCAUGCUAAAACCGUGAUCAAUGACCUAAAACCGGGGACGAGAUACCGAUUAUGGCUUGAAAUAUAUUUGACAAAUGGCAGAAUAAAAAAGAGUAAUGUACAGGAUUUCGUCACUAAGCCAGGUGUUCUCUUAUCGGCUACCGUGUCUCAACAAGCCGGAAAAUUUGCAUCGCUUCCUCUUCAUGAAGGAGAUUACUAUGGUCCACUAGUGAUAGUGGCCAUCGUGGCUUCUUUAGCAAUAUUAUCGACUUUGAUUCUACUAAUGAUGUUGAUGAAAAGACGAACGAGUAGUAAAGCUGACAUAUCACCUCGUAAAACGACGUCAGCAUACGACAAUCCUUCCUAUAAGACCUGUGAGAAUGCAGUUACGAUAUCCAAUGGAAGAGACAAAAUUACAGCAAACCACGAAAUGGCUACCAUCAAUUCUAAUGUCAAAGAAACUGCCUAAAAAGUUUUAUAUAAUUUAUUAAAUCUAUAUUUAUUUAUACUAAAGUCUUUAAGAAUGCAUCUAUUAAAUCCGUCCAUACGUAUGACCAUCGUCUCAAGACUUAAGUGAAUAAAAUAGUACAGAUAAAUUUUGUUUACAUUUGUACAGUUUACAUUUGUAUUGUUAGAUAUUUACAAAAUAAAUAACAUAUCUUUAAAA